AAACAAAAAAAACAGAUAGACACACGGGAUCCGAGCUUCAGCUGCGCAUCAAGUCUUAUUUUCAUACAUUGAUCAUGUAUAAAUAAGGAGGAUCAGUCUGAAUCUGUCGCUCGGGUUUGUCAAGGGUUAAAGUGAAAGCUUUUGUUUUCGUGUCGCACGGAUUUCUCAUCUCAUUUACCAGCCAUAUAAAUUUGAAGUGGUCAUUACGGGAGACAUUUGAGCUAUUAUUGUUUAGAGUGUGUUUGAAGAGAGAGAGGCCGUUAAAGAUGGGCUGUUUGGGCAACAGCAAGACAGAAGACCAGCGCAUCGACGAGAAGGCGCAGCGAGAGGCGAAUAAAAAGAUCGAGAAACAGUUACAGAAAGAGAGACAGGCAUAUAAAGCCACACAUCGCUUGCUCUUAUUAGGCGCUGGAGAAUCCGGGAAGAGCACUAUAGUCAAACAGAUGCGAAUUCUGCACGUCAACGGCUUUAACGCAGAAGAAAAGAAGCAGAAAAUCUUGGAUAUUCGGAAAAAUGUGAAGGACGCCAUUGUGACAAUAGUAUCUGCUAUGAGCACUUUAACACCGCCUGUGUCACUCGCCAACCCAGACAACCUGCCCAGGGCAGAGUACAUCAAGAGUAUAGCUCCACUCUCAGACUUUGACUAUACAGAGGAGUUUUUUGAGCAUUCAAAGCAUCUGUGGGAUGAUGAGGGCGUGAAGGCUUGUUUCGAGCGCUCAAACGAGUAUCAGCUUAUCGACUGCGCACAAUAUUUCCUGGACAGAAUCGAGUCUGUACUACAGAAUGACUACACACCAACAGACCAGGAUUUGCUGAGGUGUCGUGUGUUGACUUCAGGGAUUUUCGAAACUCGAUUUCAAGUAGACAAAGUCAACUUUCAUAUGUUUGAUGUGGGUGGUCAGAGAGAUGAGAGGAGGAAAUGGAUUCAGUGCUUUAAUGAUGUGACGGCCAUCAUCUUCGUGGCAGCCAGUAGCAGUUAUAACAUGGUCAUCAGAGAAGACAACAGCACUAACCGCCUGCGCGAGUCUCUCGAUCUGUUCCGCAGCAUCUGGACGAACAGGUUUUUAAGGACCAUCUCAGUCAUUCUGUUCCUCAACAAACAGGACAUGCUGGCUGAGAAGAUCCUGGCAGGAAAAUCAAAACUAGAGGAUUAUUUCCCAGAGUAUGCUCGCUAUACACUGCCUCCUGAAGCGACCCCUGACCCAGGAGAAGACCCCAAAGUGUCCAGAGCUAAAUUUUUCAUCCGAGAUGAAUUCUUGAAAAUCAGCACGGCGAGCGGCACAGACAAACACUACUGCUAUCCUCACUUCACCUGCGCUGUGGACACAGAAAACAUUCGCCGUGUGUUCAAUGACUGUCGUGACAUUAUUCAGAGGAUGCACCUGCGGCAGUAUGAACUCUUGUGAUU